CGACCACUCUUUUUGCUAUCCAUAUCCUGGCGAAUUGGCAGUCGCCUCGCCCUCAUUUCAGUUCUUUAAUAGAUUCUUCAGCCUCCAUAUCUAGCGGCAUUUUGUGGGUUCUUAGGAUGCUCUUCCUGACUCCCGUAGCGCCGCAUACCUCACUUGCAUGAUCAUCCGCUCCAAGUGAUUCUGUCUUCUUACUAGCUGGACGUAGCUGUGUCUGCGGAGAUGUCAAGUCCAGCAGGUCCUCAGCAAGGCCUCGGGUUGCCAUGGCGGGUAACAUCUUCCCUCGUUAUGGGCUUGACUAGUACCGUCUCGAAGGUGUUUCUGUUCGGGUUCAAUAGAAUCGAGGUGCAUGGUCUUCAGAACUUCCUCAAGAUCCUGGAGAGUCGCCAAGAUCCCCAGACAAGGGAAAGGGGGCUGAUUACGGUUUCAAACCACAUAAGUGUUCUUGAUGACCCUCUCAUGUGGGGGGUCUUGCCAUUCAGUUACGCCUUUAGUCCCAAGGACCUCCGAUGGGGGCUAGGUGCUCAUGAUAUCUGCUUCAAGAACAAAGUCUUGAGCAGCUUCUUUACCUUUGGGCAGGUCCUGCCUACUCACCGGCUCAACCAUUCACCACAUGGCGGGCUCUUCCAGCCUUCGGUCACGCAGGCGAUCCGUCUCCUUUCCGCUCAGCCACACACAACGGUGCCGAGCUCGAACACCCAGGGCUCUACCGACCUCCCGGACCCUUUCACCGCCGGCUCUCUGACCUACACUACCAACGGCCUCGAUUCCGUCCCCGUGCCUUCAGCGUACCCACACAACCGCCACGCCUGGGUCCAUAUUUUCCCCGAAGGCGCAGUGCACCAAAACUCGGCCGUCGACAUGCGGUAUUUCAAAUGGGGCGUCUCCCGCCUUAUUCUCGAAUCCGAGCCCACGCCUGACGUUGUCCCUAUGUUCAUUGACGGCAACCAGCAUCUCAUGCCGGAGGAUCGGAAGUUGCGCUUAAUACCACGGGUUGGAGCGCGGAUCCAUGUGACGUUCGGGGAGAAGGUGGACACGGAGGAGAGGUUUGGUGACCUCAGGCAGAGGUGGAAAGAGCUGGUUAAUCGGAGUCGCGCAGCGAGGCGAAGCGCCAAGGGCCGAGCCGGCAGCAGAAAUGUCCAAGAGGAGGCCGAGGCAAUAGGGGAGCUGACGGAUGACCUGAAGUAUGGAGAGGAAGCAGUGGAGAUCAGGGUCGAGGUUGCGAGGAGAGUCCGGGAGGAGGUGUUGAAACUGAGACAGAAGCUGCGAUACCCCGAGCCAGAUCCCGCGUUUGCCUACGCUGAGACCUGGGCUAAGGACCCGGACAAGAAGAGGUACAAAAGCCGGGUUGAUGAUAGCUGGAUAAACCAGGAUUGAUCAACCAGCUAGAGGUAGGAUAUUGAAGGAGACUGUUGCCAGUUGUAGAGACCUACAAAUAUGGUAGGGAAAGCAUAAUGAUCAAGCGAUAAUACAUGUACAAACAAAAUACCUUCCUUGUGCUGCAGGGCCCAAGCCACUUAGCAGCACCUAGUCAUGCAAUCCGUAUGCGCG